AACAUUUGUCAUUCGAAUUAUCCAUUAACGAAAAUUAUUUGCAUACGACCCGUCGGCGGGUAAGCAUCGAGUUUCCUACUACUGCUUCCACUAAGUCUGAGUGCUGUGCCCAGUCUAAAAUCCAACUCAAGACUCUAACGCUGCGCUGCUGUGGUGUAGUCGUCGUCGUCUUCGUGGUUUCUGUCGCUUCCUAGGCUCAUAUUAAUUCCUCUGUUAAGUGUGAUCUUUUGAGCUUCCAAUAGCCAAGCUCAACAGACUAGUGUCGUUUGUCCAAUCGCCCGGACGCGAACGGAACGGGAUACUCACUCCAACUGCAACCGCGAGUCGUUUCGUUAUUGCAGUGUUCAUAACUUCCAUGUCCUACUAAACAAAAAUGAAAACGAGUUUUCAGCCUGCAGUGUGCAUCUUUGAGAUUCACGUGUGCCUAUUAUCUCGUUAUCUUUGAGUGUGGAUGACUUUCGAGUUUUGAGUUUCAAGUUUCGGGUGUAGAUCGUGAUACACGCGCCAAAUUUCACCCAACGCAACGGAGAUGUCCUAAGUGCGACGGAAAAAUUAAAGUGCUGAAACGCUAGUAGAUAUUUAACACGACAUACAAAGAAAAACUCGGAUAGAAAAGGAUUAACAAUGCAAAUGGAGAUUUUCAUAUUGCCAACGUUAACGACGACUUUUCUUCUGUUUCUCUUAAAUUUUGUGGCAACCUCUUUUACAAACUCAGAUGCAAUAUUCUCGAAGGGACGAGAGAUCAUCAUUACCGACGCGGUAAAACGAAUUAAACGAGAUGGAUACCCUGUUGAAGUGCACACAGUCCAAACACUUGACGGCUACAUACUUAAACUGCAUCGAGUUCCGUACAAUGGUGGUGAACGCAGACCGGUUGUCUUUCUGAUGACCGGAAUAUAUGCGUCAUCUGAUGCCUGGGUGCUAAACGGUCGAGAGAAUUCAUUGCCUUACUUGCUUUCUAACAAUGGAUACGAUGUUUGGAUAGGCAACAACAGGGGGAACAUUUACACAAAGAAAAACAUCAAGUACUCGCCCAAUGAGCGAGAGUUUUGGAAUUUCAGCUGGCACGAAAUGGGGGUUUACGACUUGCCUGCCAUGGUUGAUUACAUCCUUGACCUGACUGGCCAAAAAACAAUGCAUUUCGCAGGAGUUUCCCAAGGAGCAACCAUUUUUCUAGUCAUGAACUCGAUGUUUCCCCAAUAUAAUGAAAAAUUCGAAACGGCUCAUCUGCUGGCACCUGUUGCUUUUGUCGAUCAUACAAAAGGCCCUUUGGCUGGCAUAUUUGCAGGAAUACUGGGCACUCGGAACUUCUUGUCGAUAAUGCUUGAAGGUGUUGAGAUGGUUUCUACUAAUAAAUUUGUGAAACGCCUCCUGACCAUGGGUUGCCUGCAGGACGAAAAUCCACAAAUGUGUGCGAGUAGAAUUUGGCCAGCGGUAGGAUACGACUCCAUGCAUCUGAACAGGACUCUAAUUCCUGAUAUAAUGGCAAACUUUCCAGUUGGUGGAUCAUUCAAGCAAAUCAUGCACUAUUUGCAAAGCUAUAACUCUGGCAAGUUUCGACAGUACGAUUAUGGACCGAAAAAGAACAAGAUGGUUUACAAUCAGACGAAUCCCCCUGAAUAUCCAUUGGAAAAGGUUACCGUUCCUACGUUUAUUUAUUUUUCUGUGAAAGAUUAUAUCGUUUCGGUCAGGGAUAUCCAACGAUUGGUUAGCCAUUUGCCAAACGUUCAUGCUCUCUACCAAAUGCCAUGGGAGAAAUGGAAUCACCUCGAUUUCAUUUGCGGACAUGGAGUCAGGGAAUAUAUUUUCGACAAAGUUGUUGAUAUCGUCAAUGCCUAUACGUAUUACAAGGAAAAACGAAAAGAUAUAAGUAAUUUUUAAGUGUAUGUUAAAAAAUUGUGAUGCGACUGAAACCAAAAUGUAAAAUAGUUUUAAUUUUAACGAUAUAAUAAUUUAAAUAAAUAUACAUACAUAAAUAAAAUCAUCGAAGGAAAAGAAAGAAUUUUCA